AUGGCGAACGGCUUCUCACCUUCCCCUCCAGCCAGGCCGAGCUCGUCGAGCCACAUCCCAUCACCGAAUCCUCCCCCCGAGCCCGAUGCCGCAGAUGACUCCUACGCCGGCGAGUCAGCUGUUUCUGAUGAAGAUGAUGAUGAAGAAGAAGAAGAUGUGGCGAUGAAUAACUCUGGCGAUGAAUUCGACCAGUACAGCCGUGAAAACUCUGCAUCACACCCCGAUCGCGCCGUCAAGCGCAAAUCGUCGCCGCUGGAUGAAACCAAGUUCAUGCGACAAGACCCUGCUUUGUAUGGCCUGCGUCGAAGUGGUCGCGCGCGUCCUACACGUACCCUCGCCGACUUCUCCGACUCUGAAUCCGAUAGCGUCGCGCCACGUCCUAAGCGCCGACGCAAAGAACAAUCACAACAGCCCUCGAAAACUUCGCGGUCGGGUACUGUGACAUCGGCUUCCGGUUCUGACAGUGAUGAGUACGGCGGGAAACGCGCUCGUGCAAGCCAAGCCAAGCGUCGUCUCAAGCAAGCCGCUGUCAUGGAGCCCUCUCACGCUGAAGUCCGCUUUUCCACCCGCAAUGCCGCCAAGGUGUCGAAUUACAACGAGGACGAAGAUGACUCAAUAUUCGAAGAAGACGCAGACGAACUGGCUCCAAACUACUGGGGCAGCUACGAAGAAGAUACCCGGCCUGCCGUGGAUGUUGUUCUCAAUCAUCGCUUGAAGGAAGGCGUCGACCCCAAAGACCCUCACCUCGACCGCCAACACUUUGAGUUCUACAUCAAGUGGCAAGGCAAGUCACAUUACCAUGCAACAUGGGUGCCAAACGAGGAUUUGCCGAACUACCGCAGCACACGUCGAGUGGACAACUACGUCCGCAGAGUGCUUAAGGAGGAGCUUCACCUGCACCUCGACGAUGCCCCACCGGAGGAUCGCGAGAAGUGGAACCUUGACCGUGAACGCGAUGUGGAGGCAAUUGAAGAUUACAAACAAGUUGAACGUGUCAUCGGCGUUCGAGAAGGCGAAAAUGGCACCACGGAGUAUCUAGUCAAGUGGAAGCGCUUGUUUUACGACUCCUGCACCUGGGAGUCGGAGGAUAUCGUCAGCGAGAUCGCCCAGAAUGAGAUCGAUCGCUUCAUUGAUCGCUCUGCUCGAUAUCCUGUAUCUGAUAAGAACGAGACCAACCCUGCAACACGCAAAUCAUUUGAGCCAAUUCACAGCUCACCGUCUUUCCUACAAAACGGUGAGCUCAAGGAUUUUCAAAUUAAGGGCUUGAACUUUCUUGCUUUCAACUGGGUUAGAGAUCGCAAUGUGGUGCUCGCCGACGAGAUGGGCCUUGGUAAAACUGUACAGACCGUCUCAUUUAUCAAUUGGCUUCGUCAUGUUCGCAAACAACAAGGACCGUUCAUCGUGAUUGUACCUCUAUCUACCAUGCCGGCGUGGGCAGAGACAUUCGAUCACUGGACGCCUGACUUAAACUACGUUGUCUACAACGGCAGCGAAAAAGCUCGUACUGUCCUUCGGGACUAUGAAUUGAUGGUUGAUGGAAAUCCGAAGCGUCCAAAAUUCCAUGUCCUGUUGACAACUUAUGAAUAUGCUAUGAACGACUCACCAUUCCUGGGGCAGUUCAGGUGGCAGUUCAUGGCAAUCGAUGAGGCACAUCGCCUGAAAAACCGUGAAUCUCAACUCUACAUGAAGCUGUCCGAAUGGAAGUGCCAGGCCCGGCUGUUGAUCACCGGAACCCCCAUUCAGAACAACCUUGCUGAGCUGUCAUCUUUGAUGGACUUCCUUAACCCUGGUGUCAUCCAGGUGGAUGUGGACAUGGAUCUUAACUCCGAAGCCGCAUCACAGAAACUAGCUGCCCUCACAGAUGCUAUCCAGCCUUACAUGCUGCGCCGUACCAAGUCCAAAGUCGAAUCUGAUCUUCCCCCGAAGACAGAGAAGAUCAUCCGAGUGGAACUUUCGGAUGUUCAGCUGGAGUAUUACAAGAAUAUUUUGACCAAGAAUUAUGCUGCUCUCAAUGACGGUGCGAAAGGAAUGAAGCAGUCACUCCUCAACAUCAUGAUGGAAUUGAAGAAAGCGAGCAAUCACCCGUUCAUGUUUCCCAACGCCGAAGCAAAGAUCCUGGAAGGGACUCCUCAGGAAAUUGAAGCAAGAUGGACACCGCGUUCUCAUUUUUGCCAGAUGGUCGGCAUGCUCAACAUCCUAAGUGAAUACAUGGAAUAUCGUGGCUAUACCUACCAACGCCUCGAUGGAACCAUCCCCUCGGCAGCACGUCGCCUGGCGAUCGAGCAUUAUAACGCUUCUGAAAGCACCGAUUUUGCCUUCCUCCUCUCCACGCGCGCGGGUGGUCUCGGUAUCAACCUAAUGACUGCUGACACCGUCGUACUCUUCGACUCGGAUUGGAAUCCUCAGGCUGAUCUGCAAGCCAUGGCCCGAGCUCACCGUAUCGGACAGACAAAACCUGUCAGUGUGUACCGCCUUGUUUCCAAAGAUACCAUCGAGGAAGAAGUCAUCGAAAGAGCUCGUAACAAGCUUCUCUUGGAGUUUAUCACCAUUCAGCGAGGUGUUACCGACAAGGAGGCCUCAGAGAUGCAGAAUAAGAUGUCUCGGGUCCUUGGCGAGCCUAACUCAACCGAUGACAUUUCCCGCAUCCUCAAACGUCGUGGACAGAAGAUGUUCGAGCAGACUGGUAACCAGAAGAAGCUUGAGCAGAUCGACAUCGACUCUGUUCUUGCCAACGCGGAGUUGCAUCAAACUGAAGAAAGCGAGCAAAUCCAAGCUGAUGGUGGUGAAGAAUUCUUGAAAGCGUUUGAUUUUGUUGACUUCAAGGUUGAUAACCUCUCCUGGGAUCAAAUUAUUCCACCGGAGCAGCUCCAGGAGAUCAAAGCCGAGGAGAAGCGCAAGGCGGAUGAGAAGUAUCUUGAAGAUGUGAUUGAGCAGAACAGACCUCGCAAACGCCAUGCCCCAGUUGACUCACGGGACUCACGUGAGGAGCGCAAGGCCAAGCGUCAAGCACGUGCGCAAGUUGCUAUUGACGAUGGCGACGAUGAAGAAAAUCUUUCGUUGGAUCCGAAGCGGCCUCUCAGCGAGAAGGAGUACCGCGCUUUGUCUCGUGCAUUCCUUCGCUAUGGUGAUAUGGCGGACUGCGAAGACCUCAUUUUGGCCGACGCGCGGCUACAAAACCGCGAUCGAGACACAGUCCGAGCUGCUCUCCAGGAGAUAACCGACAAAGCUGCUGCCCUGGUUCACGAGAAUAUGAACCAGAUGGAAGCCAUCAAAUCGACUGGCAAGAAUCUCACCAAGAAAGAGCAAAAAGCGGUCUUGUUCGAUCAUCACGGUGUGAAGCGACUUAAUGCCUGGACUAUUGUGGAUCGUCCCCCUGACAUGCGUCUUGUCCGGAAGAUGACAACUUCCUUACCUGAUUUCCGUAAUUUCCGUCUCCCAGAAGCAACUAAAUUGGCCGACUACAGCUGCUCGUGGGGUGCCCGUGAAGAUGGAAUGCUCCUAGUGGGAAUCGGACGUCAUGGAUUCGGCGCCUGGACACAAAUCCGCGAUGAUGUCGAUCUCGGCCUGGGAGACAAGUUCUUCUUGGAGGAGCACCGAGUAGAACGAAAGACUCAGCGUUUACAAGGCGAAGAGAAAGCAACCAAGUCCCCGGGGGCUGUUCACCUCGUCCGUCGAGCUGAGUACUUGCUGUCAGUUCUUCGCAACAAAUACAGCAGUGGCAACAAUGCAAGUGCGAGGCGUGCCGUGGAGAAUCAUCACCGGAACAACAAGAGGUCUUCGCGUGUUGGCAGUGGCAGCAUGUCGGCUUCACCUGCUCCCUCGUCUCGCAAGGGACAGCGCGAAGCCGACCGGCCCCGCCAACGCUCCCAUACACAAGGGAGUCGUGACAGCGAGCGUCACACUCCAGGCCAUGAUCGCCCCCGAUCUGGGCAUGAUGCUGAUCGUCCUCGGCAUCGUGCCUCAGAUGCUGGGGACGAUCGUCGCCGCAAAAGUCAUGAGAAUGGCUCGGGCAAGGAGGACAUGAACAGCUUGUUUUUCCGGCCAAUUGUGGAUAACCUCCGACGGGUUUCCACAAUCACCGCUAAGAAUUAUCCAAGCAAGACCGAGCGAGCCCAAAAGCUCCGAAACACCAUCGUCAAGAUUGGUGAUUUCAUCAAAGACAAUCUGGGGGGCAAUCAGCCGAUGCCUUCCCUGGAGCGUCGCCUUUGGGACUACGUCUCGGUCAACUACUGGCCCAACAAAGAAGCCAGUGGAGCAAAGCUCCAGCAGAUAUUCGAAAGGGUGCAACAACAAGCGAACAGCAAAGCCCCGAAGCCAUAA